CUAUAAACGGAUAUGGCGCAUUAUCUCGAUCCACAGAAAAGAGUAAUUUUGCAUGUUUUUAUCAGAUUGAGGGGAUAUUUCGUACCGCGUUCUAACCUCGGCCGAAUCGCGAUUUUCAAUCGGUCUAAGAACUUUGCUUUUCACCUUAUGGAUGCAUCCGACGCUUUGUGAGUUUCUCUCUUUCGUCGUUAACGUCCAUUUGGCCGCUCUCCCUUCCUCGUCCCCCCUCAGGUCGCCCAGUGCAGCCAUUCCUGUCCAGGUUCCUGAGAAUGAGCAUCUUCUCAGUCCAGGACUCGUCUUAUUUUAUUAAUGACAAUCCUGAACAUCCUGAUUCUACAGUUCAUUCUCAGGUCCCUGUGAAGACUGAGUCUUCGCCGUCUCCGGAUUUGUUACCGGCUUCUGCUUCUCUCCAAAAUAUUCGCUUCUCGUUUCGCUCACAGCCCUCUUCAUCCCACGGUUCUUCUCAUUCAUCUUCUCGUCAACCUUCCGAAGCGCCUCCACUUGUUCCCCAGUCCGUCUACCGUUUUAGUCAGGAUACUUCAUCAGACUACGGACUCAUGUCCUCCGUCAACUCUUGGUCUCCUCAGCACGAAGACUCUCAAAUGGACGGACACAUUGGUCUCCAGAACGCGAUGUCAUUCAGCGACGAGUAUGACGAAGUGGGCGACCUCAUAGAGUUGCCCUCCAUGGCUGGAAGCAGUGGUGGUUUAACACAUCUCUCGGGUGUCACAGGAGAGAAGCCAAUCCGUCGCAGAAGUAGCAAAGCAUGCGACCAAUGUCGUAAAUCCAAAUGUAAAUGCGAGCGCACAUCUCCCGAAGAACCUUGUCGCAGCUGUGUGAUGCUCGGUACUCCAUGCACUUUCCUCGGGCCCUCGCGGAAACGAGGACCACCGAAGGGAUACAUUGAUGCCAUUGAGGCUCGCCUUCACCAAACCGAAGCCCUUUUGGGGAUCAUGAUCUCAUCAGCGGACCCCAGAGCGCAGACGCUUCUUCAAGACAUUGCGCAGGAUUCCCUUGCAAGAGAGAUCAUUAAUCGCGUCGACAAUUCCCCUUACGGCGUAAAGGGUCGGAAGGGCGGAGAUGGCGAGAAAACAGCAGGACCUUCCAAGUCGCGGCACUUGACGGCCGAACUAGCUUCUCAGAAAGCUGAAGACAGCAAACCUGAACUUACAUCAACACAUCCAUCCAAUGAAUGGCAGGAUCGAGUCACACAUAUGCUUGACCUCCUUCGCCGGGAUACAGCCGCCCGAUCUACUGUUUCCGGGCCUUCAGAUACACCUUUACCAAGUUUGAACCAUCAACAAACGUCCCAAUCCCGUUCGGCACGCGAUUUGCCUUCUCUGAUAACUUCAAUUCCAUUGAGCCGGUCAACUUCGUAUCAACACCCUGAGCACGAAUCUGCAUCUGCAAGCGAUGGUAGCCACUCACCUGGUAGGAGAUUACGACGAAAAGUCGACAGCGGCGAUGUACCUUAUCCCUCAUCCGCCCCACCUUCCGCGUUGUCUCCAAUCCGUUCUAACAGUGCGUUUGAUUUCCGCUCGUCGGUAUCACCGGGGCGUGCAGGGAAGAGUGCUGGUGUCAUCCGGAGGUCUGUAAGUGACAUUGUAAACAGAACGGUACCGACACGGAGUGCCAGUCCCGCAAGCUUCAGUUCUGAGAGCGAUGAGGAUGAUCUCCUUGGCGCUGUUGGUCAGUUAAGCUUGAAUGAGGACGAGGAGGUACGUUAUCACGGUAAAGCCAGUGGCCUCUACCUCCUUGGGGGAACAGAACGACAUGACAAUAGAAACGAAGGCGGUAUCUGGCGCUUUCCCAAGGCUAGGGUAUGGCCCGCCCUACCCACUAGUAUUCCCGUGCAGGAAAAAUCAUCUACCGACCUUCCUUCACCUGCGUUGCAAGACCAUCUACUUAAUCUUUAUUUCACUUACGUGCAUCCAUCUCUUCCCGUUAUCCACAAGCGCUCCUUUCAAGAAGCGUACAAGGCGGGCCCCGACACGCCACUGUCGGAGUCGGGUGCUCGGUCUCCUUCAGGAUCUCCCUUCAACCGCCGUUCUCGACAUGUACCGAACCUUCUCCUCCUCGUCAUGUUUUCCCUGGCUACCCGAUACGUUGAUGACCCUUCAAAUCCAAUGCCAUCGCCUGAUAGUGGUGUGAUGUGGGCGGCCGGCGACCAAUAUCUCGACCGCGCUAAGGUAUUGCUCGACGGGUCUUACUCGAGCUCAAGACCGACAACUUGUCAGGCCUUGCUCCUUAUGGGGUAUCGAGAAAUUGGUAUAGGUGCUAUGGCUCAGGCAUGGACCUACAUUGGCAUGGCCAUACGCAUGGCACAGGAUUUAGGUAUGCAACGGAGCGCGGAUGGCUGGGCGCGGCGAGAGUUAGGCGGGAAACUCUUUUCGGAGGCGGAGUUACAAACACGACGAAGGAUUUGGUAUUCAUGUGUUGUCAUGGACAAGUAUGUCUCGUCCUAUAUUGGUCGGCCGCUGGCUAUAUUUGAGCGGGAUUUCGACACUCAAUUGCCGGGUGAGUUGGAUGCAGAGGAGCUGGAAGAUUGGAAACCGCGUACCCCUCUAAUGCAAGAUACCCGAGAAAAAUCUGGAAGGCCUAGUUAUAUUAUAUCUUGCUUCAAUGCAUCAGCCACUCUAUCCGGCAUAAUCAGCAUGAUUGUCCAAGCCAUCUAUGCUGUUCGUCCGGUGUCUAGUCGUCAUGCGGAAUCGGUCUACCUAGAGAGUAUGCUCGACAAAUGGUACCUGGAAUUGCCCGCCCAUCUCCAACACGAUCCUGUAUCUCUAAAACACCCGGUCCCGCUGCCACAUGUCUUAACGCUUCAUAUGCAAUACUGGUGCGCAGUCCUCCUUUUACAUAGGCCAUUCAUCAGGCAUGUUAUCCGAAGUCCAAAUCCUAAUGAAGAGGACGGCCGUACGGCGUCGCAAAAGAGCUAUGAGCUUUGCGUGGGAGCGGCGAAUCAUAUCACUGCUAUCGCUACCUUAUACAAAGAGACGUACUCUUUGAGGGGAUGUCCUGUCUUCCUUUGUUACUAUGUUUUUACAGCUAGCAUUAUGCAUGUUACAAGCGCCUCUGUCUCCCCCGGGGACCCCCAAGCACGCCUACGGCUUUCUAAAUGUAUGGAGGUUCUCAAGGCUAUGGCCGUUCUCUGGCCAAGCGCUGGUCGAGCUCAUGAGCUUCUUCGCGGUGCCGAAGUGAACUUCGGACAUCAGAUUCGCUCUGCUGAGCCGCUAAAACCAGUCGAUCGGUACAAGCGUCCAGCCGAAGGGUCUCUCGAUGAUCGCAGCGUCGGGAUGCAGACUUACACCAAUAUGCGACCGUCUAAUAACUACACUGCCUCUAAUCUUCACCCCCCUCAAGCAUUUCCAGCGAACGGCACCACGGACGUCCAGUAUACCCAAUCCUCGUCGUAUUACUCAAACUAUGAUCGUCCUUGGGCGUCAGAACACUCAAGUCAACAUGUCCCAUAUCCUGGACCGUUAUCUACUUCUGCCCUUCCACAGGUAUACAGUACUGGUCUGGCUGACGGGCGUCCUUCUUUAAACCGAACUGUUAGCCACGGAAUGGAGCAUCAUCCCCGAUAUCCUCAAUACUGGAAUGAUUAUUCUACUUAUUCGCCUUUGGACCACGGGGUUGAAUACCCUCAGACAGGGGCGGUUCAUGAGCCUCAAAACCCUCUCACCCAUUUGUUCAUGCCGGAACAAUAUAACGUUUAUAAUAACACCACUUCCUCCAACCCACAGUAAUCCCUGUCUUUGUCCUUGUUUUGUAUUGUAGCAUUUCCUUGUCCCUUCGCUCGGCUAGUUUAUGAUAUUCCUAUUAGAAGACCCAAAAGUUUAAAAUCUAUUGCUGUAUCCUGUAGCCUUUCUCGUACUCUCUACACGCCACUGCUAACGCAAAAGUAAUUGGAUAAUUAAUGACCUACACUGAUCGGUAGUGAUAUACGAUAUACAUAGUCAAAAUGAAUUUCAUGUUGAUCAUUGAGAAGCCAA